AUGACCGAAAGCCACAAGAGAAACCACAGCCAAACAGACACCGCGUCCGAAAAGCGGCAGAAAUCGUCCAUCGCCGACGACAAGAGGCUAGUUCUAUCAACCGAGGUUGCCUUGAAGCUCAUCUCCUUUGAUGGUCUCAAGCUGCUCUACAUGAAGGUUUUGGCAGACGAGCGUGCUGGUCCGGUAGCCAAGUCAGAGCUUCGAGCCGCCGCGGAAGUCGCACUGGUGUCUUCACGCGCUGAAGCGGCAGAGGCAUGUGAAGCUUUAAUAGACCGGGCGAUCGAAACAGCUUGUGAAGUAAAAAGGGACGCGAUACUGUAUACGAGGAAGCCGUCGAGGACCGCCUGGCCCGAGGCACUCUCGGCCUUCUUCUCCGACGUGGAGGGCCUGUUGAAAAAGGGCCAUCUGGUCAACUGUCCGGAACUGGCGUAG